AUGCACUGUCGUUUGUCUUUGUGGCACAUCCAUGGAUCGCAGAAAUCCCCAUUGACAACGAUUGGCCCGGAUCUGCUGGACCGCAGGAAGUGCUGUCCGACCAUGGCUCCCCUCCUGUCAACACCUCUCAGGCACCGGUCAGGUGUCUUAAGCUCAAAGACCUGGAGCUUCUUAGCGUUUAGCUCUUUCCCCUCCGUUAACCUCACCAUGCAAGGGCUUCACGUAGACAACCUCGGUCCAUCUUCAUACGCUUUCCCCGACUUGAUAGGCAUACCCAUUCCAGACGACGAACAACUCUGGGGCCUAAGCCCCGUCUCUCCAAUGGCCGAUUUUGCUCAUUCCGCCUUAGAGCGCGAUUUGAAAAACGCCCAGGUCCGCAAUGGCCAACCCACCCCACCACCCUACGACGAUGGCCGACUCGACCUGAACACCGCGAGCAAGCGACGCCGCGCCCACGAAUACAAACUAGCCGCAGAUUCCCUGAGUCCCGAUCUUGACGACGGACCACCAGAUCGCGCCAAGCGCGCCAAGUUCCUCGAGCGCAACCGCCUCGCCGCGUCGAAAUGUCGCCAGAAAAAGAAAGAACAUACCCAACAGCUCGAAUUCAGCUUCAAAGAACAAUCCGAGAAGAAAGACAAUCUCAUGACCGAGAUCGCCAAGCUGCGCUCAGAGAUCCUAGCUCUCAAAAAUGAGGUCUUGAAACAUGCCCAGUGUGGCGAUGAGCCCAUCAAGGUCCACCUAGCCCAGAUGGUCAAAAAGAUCACGGAUGUCGACGCCCCCGGCUCGUCCGACGAGCCGAAGCUCGACCGCACCGUUCCCUCGCUCAAUCGCACCCCGGCCCCGGCUGUGGCUGUGCCCGUGUCAGCGCCGGCGCUCUCGUUCGGCUUCGAUGACCCCAUGCAGCUUGAGCCCGCGGCCGCCGCGGCCGCCGAAGCAUUCGAGCAGCAGAUGCGAAGGGAGCCGGAGACGUCGCUCAUCUCUGAGGGAUCUUAUUCUUUCUCGUCGGAGGAUCCGACUUUUGACGACUUGAUCAAUGUGUGA